GAAACCAGCAACACUUCCACUGAGAGAGGACAGCAGGAGGGAGUACUGGGAGGACUAGUUCUACUGGGAUACUGGAAAUACUUCCACUUUAACCAGGUACUGAAUCCACCAACUGAAGCAGACUUUAAAAGAACUCAGAACCAAAGAGAAAGGAACUUUUAGGGACGGGGAGUGGCUUCCUGUUUGUCUGCAGCAUCUCCAGCUUCACUCCAGACAAAAUGGCGUCCAAGUUAGAGGAGGAUCUGAGCUGUCCGGUCUGCCUGGACAUCUUUAAACAUCCCAUCAUCCUGUCCUGCAGCCACAGCUUCUGUAGAGAGUGUGUGGCGAAGCGCUGGAAUACGAAGGAGGACAAGGAGUGUCCCACCUGUAAGAGGAGACACUCAAAGGGAUUAUUACCUCCUAACUCUGCUCUAAAGAAUCUGUGUAAGACUUUUCUGCAGGAGAGAGAACGGAGAGCUUCAGAGGAUCUCUGCAGUCUGCAUCAGGAAAAGCUCAAACUCUUCUGUCUGGACCAUCAGGAGCCGGUGUGUCUCGUCUGCAGAGAUUCAAAAAAACAUGCCAAACACCGAUUCAAACCCAUCGAUGAAGCUGCAGAAGAACACAAGAAGAACCUUGAGGAAACUCUGCAGCCCUUAAAGAAGAAGUUAGAGACUUUUAAAUACUUUAAAGUGAAGUUUGUUCAAACAGAAGCUCACAUGGAGGUCCAGGCCCAACACACAGAGAGGCAGAUUAAGGAGCAGUUCAAGACGCUUCAUCAGUUUCUAGCAGAGGAAGAGGAGGCUAGGCUGCGUGCACUGAGGGGGGAAGAGGAGCAGAAGAGAAAGAGGAUGAAGGAGCAGACGGAGGCUCUGAGAGCACAGAUAGCAGAUCUUUCACAGACAGUCAGAGCCACAGAGGACCAGCUGACGGCCCAAGACGUCUCCUUCCUGAAAAACUACAAGGCUGCAGUGGAGAGAGUCCAGCAGCGCCCCCUGCUGGAGGAGCCACAGCUGCCCUCAGGAGCUCUGAUAGACCAGGCCAAACACUUGGGCAACCUGGGCUUCAAGAUCUGGACCAAGAUGAAGGAUGUGGUCUCCUACACACCCGUCAUUCUAGACCCCAACACUGCUGGAUUAAACCUCAUCCUUUCUGAUGAUCUGACUGCUGUGAGAGGAGGAGAGAGACAGCAGCUUCCCGAUAAUCCAGAGAGGUUUGAUGAUUACUACUCUGUCCUGGGCUCUGAGGGCUUUAACUCAGGGACUCACAGCUGGGACAUCGAGGUCAGAGACAGUAGAUACUGGUACCUGGGAGUGUUUGCAGAGUCUGCUGAGAGGAAGGGAAACAUAUGGUCUAGAGUUUGGGCAGUACGGUUCCAUGAUGGUGAGUACAGAACACGCUCACCAUCACAUACAUGGACUGUUCUCUCAGUGGAGACAGAUCAAAAGAGGAUCCGAGUGAAUCUGGACUGUAACAGAGGAAAGCUGUCAUUCUCUGAUCCUGAUACUAACACACUCAUACACUCCUUCACACACACUUUCACUGACAGGAUGCUUCCAUUCUUUUUCAGUGGGUCUUACUCCUCACUGCAGAUUCUCCCAGAGAAGAUCUCUGUGAGCGUGGAACCAAACUAAACAAACAUGAUGUUAUGAUGGCAUUUGAUCCAGUCACUUCUGAUAUUUGACUACAGAAACUUUCCUUUCAUGGUUUACAGUCAACAAAUCUAUGAUGGAUCUAAAGUUAGGCCUCACCUGAUUACAGAUCCUCAAACACCACACCAGCACCACCAUGAACAGGACCGCCUACACACAUUUAUAGAUUUUUUAGUCUGAUUGACAUGAUAGAAAUUCUACUGACUUUACCAUCAUUUUAAAGUAAAACCCAAAAUGUUGAUAAGGAUACCAAUAACAAUACAUUAUUUCCUGUUAUCAUUACUAUGGAGAAUCUGUAAACUGCUUUGGCGAUGUUAUGUCAUGUGACUGACCUGUUGCAAAUCAACCUAAUCAAUAAACCCUUUGAUUAGUUUCAAAAUGCUCCUCCAGCUGUUUCUCAUCAGCACCACUUACUUUAACAGCCUUUUGUUUCCCUGUCCCUGCUUUUUUGAGAUUUGUCGCUGCCAUCAAAUUCAA